UGGAUUCUGUUUAGUGGACCCACUAUAUGGUACUGCAUAUUCUUAUUUUGCUCCAUUUUCUCUGCACAACUAUCUCCACUCUCUCAUUGCCAUUACUUCAUUUACAAAACAGCAAAAGAAAGCAAGCUAAUGAAUUCUUCUAUACUUGGGUCAUCGUCUGUUUCGAGAACUGUUUGUCUAACAUGUGGGGAUGAAGGAGAUACCAAGCUUCUCAUAAACUGCUUGAAGUGUCAUGAUUCCGCUGCACACCACUAUUGCCUAGAGAAAUUCUCCCCCGAUGAUGGCAAUAUCGAUUGGAUAUGUUGGGAUUGCGCUCCCAAAGUUGCUAAGGUUGACCAGUUCAGAAAGAGUGAAAGGAUAAGUGAGCGAAAAAUCCGUGCUUUUGAUGUUCGAGUGGAAUGGAGAAGAAAGCUUAACAGUUGUAAAGUAAAAGCCAGAAGGUUAGAUAAGGCUAAACGUGACGCAAGCGAAGCAGUCCAAUCGGCUAAAACCCAUAAUCCGUUUCAAGUUUUGCAAAAGGAGAAGCCUUCAUUUUUUGAAACUAAGAAACACAAAGACACUGUAGAAGAGCGUGCAGAUGUAUGCUAUUCUGAACAGCCAAUUGAAUCAGUAACAGCAGGGAACACUCCGAUAGUAGGCAAACACCCAGAAGCUGAAGCUCAAUUAAGAGAUGACUCUUCCCUGCAAGAUCCAAAGAGCGCUCAGUCACUUACUGAAAUUGGAAAACAACGAAUGAUGAGAAAGCCAAGGAGGUUUGUAGUUCUUGAUGAUGACAGCGAUUUUGAGGGGGAGGGUGAGGCAGUUGGUGGAACAUUUUCUUCUUCAUUCCUUGUAGAGCAUCAUGUUCCACUCAACAAUUUGUAUAGUGAACCUCAAGUAGAAUCUGCGGAUUAUUUGCCUGCACAGCCACUUAUUGAUAUCAUUUGGAGGGGAUAUUUUAUCUUCAAUGGAGAAAGUGAAACCAGUAUUAAUAUCUUAGCUCAUUUGUCAAACAAAGCCUGUGAAAAGGUGGUUACAGCAGCAAAUGGGCUUCCAGUGGAACUUGAUGUAAAAAUUAUGGCCAAGAGUGAUGUAUGGCCGAAGAGUUUCCUGAGGUCGCCACCAACAGACUGCAGUAUUGCUUUGUAUCUUUUUCCUGAGCUUGAGAGGGAUGAAAAUUCUUAUGAUUCUCUGUUGGAAGAUGUAAUUGACAAUGAUCUUGCAAUGAAAGCCACUAUCAACGACUUGGAGCUCCUGAUUUUUUCAUCUCUUCAACUGCCACAUAAACACUGGAGGCUUCGUAGGAAGUACUACCUGUGGGGUGUGUUUAGACAUAAGAAACCUUCAAGCUCAAGCACACCAACUGCUAAUUGUUUUGCAAGCAGCUAUGAGCUCUCCCCUAAAUGAAGUCGAAGGUGCAAACGGGUAGUUCUCAGGGCCAGAGUUUCCCGAGUCCCUCGAGCAUAUUGAAAGGUGUGAAGUCUGGCAGUCCUCAGUGCCGCUUCCCAAGUUCCUUGAGCUCUCGUUGUAACAGUACUUCUCCAAAAGAUUCUCCUUGCCAUCCAGAGAAUUUAGACAUAAGGAACCAAGAUGCUGAACAGCAUGACACAUGCAGAAUACAAGCAUCUGAUAUUUGCAUAUCUACACAAUGAAAUGGACUAGGUGAUCAGUCUGGUCCCUGCUGGGAGCCUUUUAAAUUGGAAAGAUGUCUUUCAUUUUCAACCAAGGGGUGGCUUCUCACCCUGUUUAUAAUUGUACAGCCCUCCAUUGGUGAUGGUCGGACAAAAGAGAUCACUGCCUUGAUGAUUUCCCUUUUCAGAGUUAUAGUAGAAAAGAUAGCAAGAAUCUUAUUUUGAUGGUGUAGACUAUACCAAGUGUUUGGUCUAUAUAUAGCUGGCUUCUUCAGGUAGUUAGUGUGUAUUGCAAACUUUCCAUGCAUGUUGUACAAGUUCUCUGGAAAUGAGUUUAGCUUUUGUUCA